CUUAUGAACAACAAAGAAAAAUCAGAAGGAAGAUCCAGUACAGAUCAGUACGCACGCUAUACAUAUGUAACUCAGUGAUGAGAACCGUCAUCCUCCCCUGUCAACUAGACCAUGUUUUUCUCGCGGAAAGUCAUAACGGAAAACGACCUGGUCGAUCUUCAUGGAAAAGUAGCGCUGGUAACUGGCGGAAACACUGGAAUUGGCUAUGCUACAAUUGAAUUCCUAGCGCAGAAAGGCGCCAAGGUUUAUAUGGCCUCACGAAGCAAGGAGAAAGCGCAGAAAGCUAUCGAGGAAAUUAGGGCCGAGCUGCAGAACGGUGGUGGAGAAGGGGAGAGCAAAGGGAGCGUUCAUUGGUUCAAGCUUGAGCUUUCGGAUCCGCGUUCAGUGAAGGAAGCUGCAACGGAGUUUCUUGCAAAGGAAGAAAGGCUGGACAUACUCGUGAACAACGCCUCUCAUGCUUCAUUUGGCCCAUACAAGCUUAACGAAUAUGGGCUAUUGGAUAUCAUGGUCGUCAAUCACAUCAGCCACUUUGUUCUCACCGAAACUCUGCUUCCGCUCCUUAAACGUACUGCGUCUCUCGAGGAUUCAGAUGUCCGUAUUGUCAACGUAUCCUCUCUCGCUCACACCCGUGUAAAACCGGAUUCGUUCAUUGGAAAGGAGAGCUUGAAUAGACAAUAUGGUGAUUCCGUGUUCGGCUAUCUUGAUACCUAUGGAAACACCAAACUCGCAAACAUCCUUCACCUGAAACACCUGCAAACCCGUCUCAACACCGAAUCAGCACGUAUAACCUGCCUCGCCGUCCACCCAGGCGCUGUAAGAACCGUAGGCGCAACUGGCUUCCUCAACUCCUUCCCGUUCUUCGGAUGGUUCCUCAAAACCUUCCUUGGCCCGCUCUUUUUCGUAUCGUGGAAACAGGGAGCGAUGACUUCGGCGUUCGCAGCUGCUGGGAAGGAGAUUGCUAUUUCUAGACAAAGCACAGAUGAGGCCGAGAGGAAGAAGUAUGAGGGUGCGUAUCUGACGCCUAUAGCGAAUAUAUCGGAGCCGUCGGUGUAUGCGAAGGACGAGCGGCUACAGCGGGAGUUGUAUGAGACGACGAUGGAAGUUUUGCGGGAGAUGGAGGUUGUGUCGUAGUUCAUCAGCGUUCUUGGGACCUUCCAAUUGGUACUGUCCAUUUGUCCGUCAAUGUUAACGCGUUCAAUGUCAAUGAUGUGUUAACGAACCU